AUGCAGCAACUAAAUAUGAUGUCCACAAUCUACGGCUGUGCUACUGUUACUAUUAUCGCACUGACAGGCGAGCAUGCAAAUGCUGGCUUACCCGGCAUCUCCUUUCCGCGUUUAACCCAAGUCAAAGAGAGCAUAGAGGGCUACACGUUCUUCACCAGUCCACAAGAUAUAAGCUUAGAGAUUGAGGUCGCACCCUGGUCAAGCCGCGCUUGGACAAUGCAGGAGCGACUUCUGUCGAGACGAAGCCUAACUUUCACAAACAGCCGAGUAGCUUUCGACUGUCUCGAUGCUACUUGUGAUGAAGAACUGGACAUCUCAACCCUUCCUAAGGAGCGACCUAUAACCCAUCCAGGAUUAGAAAUGAUCGGCCAGCUGUACAGGACUGACCUCGUACGCAUGAGCCGUCGAUCCCUUUCCAUGACCGCCCAUUAA